AGCUACUUAAAGGGCGGGCAGAGCGGCAAUUGCGGGUCGACAAACACCAGCCCCAUGUCUCCGCUCUUCUUCUGCGUCGCUCUGCUGGCGCUUGCGCUCGCGCUCGCGCUCCAGGUGUCGGCGGCGGCGACCGGCGCUUCCUUUCAAAAGGUCAGGGGAAUCGCACCGACAACCUCGACCGAGCAGCCCACUGCCGACUUGCCGUUCCUGCUCGAGACAUACACGCUCGCGGCGGCCUUCUGCCAGCAGACGUACUGCAACGACUCAAAGGCCGGCCUUGCAGUUGCCGACGGCGUCUUGCUCAACACGACUGGCGACGGCAAUGUGGUGCAAAGGGUCAAUGUAUACCACUCUUCCUCCUUGGGCAUCGUCGUCGCGUACGAAGGGACCAAUCCCGACUCGCUGAUCUCCGUCGCCUACGACGUAGACUUUCCCCUGACGCUCGCUGAUCCAAGCCUCAAGGUGCCGCUGGAUGUACUGGUGGACCAAGGCUUCCAAAAUGCCUUCUUGCUGAGCGCACAGACAGUGAAAGGCUUCAUCGAUGGCGCAAUGUCGCGCUACCCAAACACCAACCUCACCAUCGUUGGCCACAGUCUAGGCGCAUCUCAAGCAGCGAUUGCCGCCGUGGCGUUCCGCGACCACGUCUCGAAGGUGGUAACCUUCGGCCAGCCUCGCGUGGGCAAUCCCUCCUUUGCCAACUUUGUCGACCAGACUUUUGGACCCGCUAAGCUCAACUACGUGGUCAACGGGCAGGACUUUGUGCCCCACGUGCCGCCACGGAUCGUUGGCUACCAGCACUUCUCCGGCCAGAUCUGGAUCAACCCGGCCAACUCGACCGGGUGGAAGUACUAUCCCGGCCAGGAAAACAGCCAGGGCGCCAACACGGCCACGCCGCAGUUCAACUUCGACGACCAUCAGGGUGUGUACUUCCACACCCAGAUUGGCGCCUUUUCGGGCCAUUGUCCAGCAACGUCAGGAAAGGACUAAAGCCGGCUUCGCGAGCCCGAAGACGUUGCGUGAUGCUAGACUUCCCUUCGGUGUUGCUGGCCAAGUCGAAGCAGAUGACGUCUAAGACACAGAAGAACAAAUAGGAUUAAAGGACUGUAUGAUCUUGCAUAUCGACAAGUAACAAUCGUAUCUGAUAUUCGUU